AUGAGUGGGUGGAUGAAGAAUGUCAUGACGAUGACAGUUGAGAAUGUCAAGACAAAUGACGCGGCAAUCAACAUCAUUGUGAAAAAAAUAUCGGGUAUUUACGAGAAUGGCAAACAUUUUCACAUUAGGUGUAUGACUCAUAUCAUAAACAUAGUUGUGAAAAUGCUGUUAAAACACGAAGUUUAUCAUGUAAAAAACCUACAAGAUGUGGUAAAAUACAUUAGAACCUUCCCGCAACGGAUCAAGACCUUUAAACAAGCCAUGAAGGAUGUGGCUGUAGAAAGUCAAAGGUUUUUGUGUGGUGAAACUCCAACAAGGUGGAACUCUACCUUUGAAUUGCUAAGAUCAGCAUACGAUGUGAAAGACGCAUUUCUCGAAUAUAGCCAUCAACAUCCAAUGUUUCAUAAAACUGUGGGAAGGGUACCAUCACAUUCAGAUUUUGAGAUGAUUAAAAAGAUGAUGGAGUUCCUUGAGAAGUUUAAGAAGAAAACUGAAAAAGUUUUGUGUUCAACAAAGCCUAUCUUCCAUACGUAUACCCGGGAGAUCCUAGACAUAGAGCAACAUCUUAGGAAACAUGAAACCAACCCGGAUUUAUGUUUAUGGUACCGGAUAUGA